CAGUUGGCCGCGCACGGUGCCGGAGACUGCGGUGGAGGCGCCGGGAGCGAAGCAGCAGGGUCGCCAUGGCAGCGGACGUCCGCGGUGGAUGGGCGGGGCUCCUCAGGACAAUAAGAAACGAACCUUUUCCGGCCAAGGAACCGAAGCCGCUGCCUACAGUAGGGACCACAUUUGGGAAAGGACCACGUGGAACUUCCGUCCGCAUCCGCGCUUCUGCAUGAUGCAGUACUGCAGAGUUCCAGCCAUGGGUUCUUCUGGCCUAGCUCGACUGCAGGGUCUCUUCGCUGUCUAUAAACCUCCGGGGCUGAAAUGGCUGCAUGUGCGUGAGACCGUGGAGUUGCAACUGCUUAAAGGUCUCAAUGCACAGCAGCCUUCUGCUCCAGAACAGCGUGUUCGCUUCUUACUAGGCCCUGUGGAAGGCAGUGAAGAGAAGAAGUUGACUCUCACGGCCACCAGUGUGCCCUCCCUCACCACCCACAGACUUGUUCGUGGUCCAGCAUUCAGAAACCUGAAGAUCGGUGUGGGGCAUCGCUUGGAUGUCCAGGCUUCUGGUGUGCUUGGUGAGUCAUGCACUCGGUCUGGGGAUGUCGUGCUGUGGACUUAGAGAAGGAUCAGGAAGUGAUCCGGAGCCCAGUCCAUAGUUUAUCUGACCUCAUGAGCUGAGAAGGUCCCACCUCUGUCGAGGGAUCCCACCUUGGCACGUGGUUCAAGGCCUCAUGGACAUUUGUUUACCCUACCCAUGAUAGAUGCCAUGUAAUAUUAUCAGUGAAGAGAGUAAGACUGGGGCUGAGGCCUGGCCAGCAAAUGCCCGUGGUCCCCAGAGGAGCUACCAUCAGCAAGGGUGCAGCAAGGGUGCAGCAAGCAUGCAGCUCUGUCUCCUCUGGCUGCGGUCUGCAUAUUGCCAAAGCUGGGUACAAAGCUCCAGUCA